AUGCAGAUGCAACAGAUGCGUGCUGGCCGUGCGCCUCAGGUGCCCGUGCCGCCCGCCAAUGCUGCGCCUCUCAAGGUUUCAAGGGAGAUGCAGCAGCAACUGCGGCAGGUGCGGCACAGUGCGUUCGAGCGGCACCAGGAGAAUGCGCAGUGGACGAAAGAGCUUCUGGAGGGCAGCAACAGACAAAACGAAUCGGUUAGGACGGCCAGUGACCUGGCAGCGUCGCAGGAAGAGCUUCAAAAGCGCAUCGAGGACAAGGAGAAGUCCACUGACGAGCUGGAGCAACAAUUGGUGCAGCAGGAACAGGCGCAGCAGGCAGCACAGCGCAGAUUCGAAGAAAUACUUGCAGCGCUAAAGGCGGCGGGAGACGCGGCUGCAUUAAAGGAAUGCGAGGAAAAGCUGGAGGAGAACGAGUCGAAGCUGUUAGAGCCUUACGCGUACAUCAGCGAGCUGCCAGGCAAGAACGUUCGUGGCAGGAUGAUCAGCGCCUUCCAGUCUUGGUUGCGCGCGCCCGCCGACGCCGUGGAGAGUAUCCAGAGCAUUGUGGACGAACUGCACAACGCCAGUCUGCUCAUUGACGACAUCGAGGACGACUCGGAGAUGCGACGUGGCCAGCCUGUGGCACAUCACAUCUUCGGCGUGCCGGCCACCAUCAACUGCGCCAACUACGUGUAUUUCCUGUCGCUACAGAAGUGCCAGGCACUGGGCAACCCACGAGCUCUACAAGUCUAUACCGACGAGAUGCUGCGACUUCAUCAAGGCCAAGGGCUCGAUAUCUUCUGGAGGGACCAUUUGCAGUGUCCUACAGUGGACGAAUACCUUGAGAUGACGGGAGGACUUUUUCGACUGGCAGUGGGACUGAUGCAAGCUUUCAGCGACUGUACGAUGGACUUUACGCCGCUCGUGAACGCCCUGGCCGUGUAUUUCCAGGUCCGAGACGACUAUGUCAACUUGCUCGACGAAGCGUAUAUGGAGAACAAAAGCUUCUGUGAAGACCUGACUGAAGGAAAAUUCUCCUUCCCGCUCAUUGUGGCAAUUCGCGAAAACCCUCAGGACACACGGCUACUGAGUAUUCUGAAACAGCGCACCAAGAGUAUCCAUCUCAAGCAAUACGCGGUCCAGUAUCUGCGUGAGACAGGAGCCGUAAACCUCACACUGAGCAAACUGAACUCGACAGUUGAGGAAAUUCGAAGCGAAAUCGCCUUGCUAGGUGGCAAUCCGGCGUUAGAACAAAUCGUGGAUGGAUUGCACGCUACGAUUAAGUAG